AGGAACUCAUGAGUUACUUCAAUUAAUGAUCAGUCUUUAAUGGUGGCUGCAAUUUUCAGCUUUUCAUUUUUCCAACCUUGCCCUUUUCUUUCACUUCUCUACCAUAACAUAACUUUACCACAUUCCCCAUAGAUCUGAAAUCCCUACUCAGAAUUUCACAGGUUUACCAGGCACAAAUAUAAUCCCGUGCAAGUGGGAAUGAAUAAUUGGGUUUAGAGUUAGAGCAGGUGGUGUGGUGUCCUAUGCAAUGAGUGCACAAAUGUGAUGUGCAGUUCAGUCCACAACAGCUGUUUCUUGAGUCGGAAUUUGUGUUGUGUGUGUCAUUGGCUUCCUCAUCUAUUUCCUCUUUUUUCACGCCUUAAUCUCUCUGAAAUUUGUAGCAGCAUCCAUCACUCUAUGGAGUCUGUACUGGGUAAUUGGCCAUCCUAUGACCCUCACAACUUCAGUCAGCUUCGACCUUCCGAUCCUUCAAGUUCUUCUAAAAUAGCACCGGCCACUUACCAUCCUACUCACAGCAGGACCCUUCCACCACCUGAUCAAGUGAUAAGCACUGAGGCCAAAAAUAUCCUCCUGAGACAUAUCUAUCAGCAUGCUGAGGAGAAGUUGAAACCAAAAAGAGCAGCAUCUGAUAAUCUUUUACCAGAGCAUGGAUGCAAGCAACCUAGAGUUUCCAGUUGACACAUGUCAUUGGCCAUCUUUUACAUGUGAUUGUGAGCUACUUUCCCGUAGAUAUACCCUUAUUUUUCAAGAAUUUGGUUCUUGUUUGGAAUUGUGAACUAUUUUUCCAACUAUACAAUGGGGAGUUUUGUAAAUAUAAUUACCCAUCAAAAUUUACAGGAAAGGAAUGAUGAUGCUUUCAUUGUUUAUUUUUGUGCCAUGGCCUAUUGUGCUAUAGUGGUAACAACCGAUUCUCCA